AAAGUGGGGGAAAAUCUCGACGACGCUCAUCUCACCGUCGUUUGCCUAGAAAAAAGAGAGUCACCGUCGUCCCCCGCCUUCUCAUCGGCGGCCCCUGCCUCCGCCGCUCGCCUUCUCCCUGCCCCUAGCCCCGAUCUCGCGCCGUCGGCCACCGGUCCGCGUCGUCACUUAUCCCUUCCCUCUUCGCCUUCCAUCCCGUGCCUUCCCCAUACCCCAGCCCCCUCCGCUGCUCGUUCAGUCCUCCCCGCGCAGAGCCGCAGCCGCCGCCUGCCAACGCCGGGACGGACUACUGGUUGGCAGGUUCCAGUCCAGGACGUGGCUGGUACAGUGACACCUGGGGUCCUGCAGUUCCAUCGAGCUAGCGAUCCGAAGGAGGGGACGGGCGCACACCAGGUGUUCGAGGGAAUGCACCUCUGAAACGCCUUUCCCCCUCGGCCUCCGCGAGACGAACGCGUCGAGAAUGACGUUCGGGUCUGUCAUCGAGAGGAACGUGGCGCGGCCGCUCAUGAGGCUGGUCACCAUGGGCGGUGCGCCGAUCCUGCAGCAGCUCCACCUGGAAGAAAGGCUGCUGCGCCGCACCAGCGAUAACUGGUGCAUUGUCAACGAUGGCACGGCUCCGCCCACCAUUGUCAUGGGUGUCUCUGGGAAGGUCUCUGAGCUCGUCGAGAUACGGCCUGUGCUUCGGGAUCAUGUGCCAGUGGUAAGGCGGUUCAGUGGAGGUGGCACUGUCAUUGUUGAUCAGGGGACGGUGUUUGUCACCUUCAUUUGCAACAAGACUGCUGUCGCUGGGUUGCAGCCGUUUCCCCGUGACAUCAUGUCAUGGACAGGCCAGCUGUAUGGCAAAGUGUUCCGUGGAUUCGGUGAAUUUCAUCUCCGUGAAAAUGACUAUGCAUUCGAUCAUCGAAAGUUUGGUGGAAAUGCUCAGUCCAUAACGAAAGAUCGUUGGGUACACCACACAUCAUUCUUAUGGGAUUAUGAUGUGAAAAAUAUGAGUUAUCUAAAAAACCCACAACGUGCUCCUGAAUAUCGCCAGGCGAGGGACCACUCAGAUUUCCUAUGCCGCAUGAACGAGUACAUGCCAUCACGAUCAGUUUUCACUGAAGGGAUAACCGCGGCCCUCGGAGAACACUUUACGGUCCAACACACGGAGUUAGAAAUGGCACUCUCUGACCACGAUGACUUCGUGCCUUCUACAAAGGUGUUAUCGCCGCAGGACUUGCAAGACAUCAUCUCCUCCAAGGAGGCCCCCACAGUAGAGAGAGUUCAAGGAUGGCCACGGUGAUGAAGAUCACUGCGUGUUUUGUGACAUACGGCAAUUUUUGUGCACAUGAUGAACUCAACUUGGAGUUUAGGCCAUACUCACUGCAUUCACUUGAUUUUGACAAAUCAGUCAAUCAGAAGGUGUAGUUCCAAUAUUUUUGGCAGCCUUGGUUAUGCUGUUGCCUGGUGAAAAUCGGUUAUAGGAUUCAGACGAGGCUUUGUGAACAUGUUUGGUUGGCAGGCCAUUUGGGCCAUCACGAGUUAUCACACAUGAGUUAUCUUUGGUAAA